UCAUAUUAGUUAUUUUAUUCCACCAUCUAAAAUAUUUUCCCAAAGUCAUUUCAACUUAGCUUCGCCAGCAUUAUAUAUAUGUAUCUCCUCCUAUGUAAGAAACAGCGAUAAGCAAAACAAAAAUCUGAAGCUCUCGAUCAUGGACGCAAGAGCAUCUUUUUACCUCCUCCUGCCUUUCCUAGUCCUCCUCGCAAGAGGAACCGGCGCAGUCACGCUCUCCUUCACCAACAACUGCCCCUACACAGUCUGGCCUGGGACGCUGACCGGCGGGGGCGGCGGGCAGCUAUCCUCAACCGGUUUUGAGCUCGCCACAGGUGCAUCAUCCUCGAUCAAUGACGUCCCGGACACAUGGUCCGGGCGGGUGUGGGGCCGAACGGGCUGCGCCACUGAUGCCUCCGGUAAGUUUGUCUGCUCCACCGCCGACUGCGGCUCUGGCCAGGUGAGCUGCAAUGGUGCAGGGGCAAUCCCGCCGGCCUCCUUGGCAGAGUUCACUCUUGCGCCAGCAGGCUCCGGCCAGCAGGACUUCUACGACAUCAGCCUUGUGGACGGUUUCAACCUGCCCCUCUCUGCAACCCCACAGGGCAGCGGCAGCGGGUGCAGCACCACCAGCUGCGCAGGCAACGUCAACUCCGUGUGCCCAUCGGAGCUGGCGGUGCCGGGGUCAGAUGGGAGCGUCGUGGCGUGCAAGAGCGCGUGCCUGGCGCUCAACCAGCCGCAGUACUGCUGCACCGGGGCGUACGGGACGCCUGAGACAUGCCCCCCGACGGACUACUCGAAGAUUUUCAAGAGCCAGUGCCCUCAAGCUUACAGCUACGCUUACGACGACAAGAGCAGCACUUUUACUUGCGCGGGUGGGGCUGAUUAUCUCAUCACAUUCUGUCCGUAACAUAUUCUCCUCUUUUCAGUACUUGAAUGGACCAUUUUCCUCUCCAAGGUGGAAAAUAUGAGGUCCAUGGGUUGUCUCGGUUAGCCUGAAACUAUUUGUAUCCUCGUCUCUGGAUUGAGAGAUCAUGCGAGUAGUUUCAUUUUCCACUAGGAAAAUUAAAUGUAAUCUGCGCAGAGAAUAAUGGAUUAUACAAAAUAAGCAAUGUACCAAUAAAUAUUUGUUGCUUA